AUUUUCCACUAAGCAUUCUUAAUUCCGAAAACCAUAAACCCUGUGUCACCACUUACCGCAAGGCCUGGACCUCUACAGCCACUUCUUCCAUUUUUCUCUUUCCAUGCGAGUUACCAGAUCUGUUAUUCCCUGUCUUACUGUAGCCUGAAGUUCCAGUCCUUCGUAAAAUCAUGCUCAAAGCAACUGCAAUAUGCUUCGCGAUCUUAAUCUAUUCAAUUUCAGUCGCUUCCGCCGAUCCAAUCCACGGCUGUGGCGGAUUCGUCGAGGCAAGUUCGUCGUUAAUUAAGUCCAGGAAGCCAAAUGAUGGAAAGUUGGAUUAUUCUCAUAUUACGGUUGAGCUUCGAACAGUGGAUGGACUAGUCAAGGACAGAACUCAAUGUGCUCCUAAUGGCUACUACUUCAUUCCAGUUUAUGACAAGGGUUCCUUUGUAAUUACGAUAAAUGGCCCAGAAGGGUGGUCUUGGAACCCAGAUAAGGUUCCUGUUCUUGUUGAUGACUCUGGCUGCAAUGGGAACGAGGAUAUAAAUUUUCGUUUCACAGGGUUUACAUUAUCUGGUAGAGUUACAGGGGCUGUUGGGGGCGAGAGCUGUUCCAAUUUGAAUGGUGGUCCAGCAAAUGUAAAUGUCGAACUUUUAUCUCCUAAUGGCGAUGUUGUAUCUUCAGCAUUAACUUCACAGGAAGGGAAUUAUCUUUUCUCUAAUAUCAUUCCAGGGAGAUAUAACUUACGUGCUUCACACCCUGACAUAAAUGUUGAAGCUAGAGGUUCCACAGAGGUUAAAUUGGGCUUUGGAAACAGUAUUGUCAAAGAAAUUUUUUAUGUUGCAGGUUAUGAUAUUCGUGGAUUUGUUGUUGCUCAGGGAAACCCAAUUCUGGGAGUUCAUUUCUAUUUAUUCUCAGACGAUGUCAAAGAGGUUGAUUGUCCACAAGGUCCUGGUAAUGCUCCUGGACAAAGAAAAGCUCUAUGUCAUGCUGUAUCUGAUGCUGAUGGGAUGUUUAGAUUCCAAGCAAUACCUUGCGGACUCUAUGAGCUUUUGCCGUACUACAAGGGUGAAAAUACUAUUUUUGAUGUUUCACCUAGCGUCAUCUCUGUGAAUGUUGAUCAUCAACACACUACAAUUUCUCAAAAAUUUCAGGUUACUGGAUUUUCUGUUGGGGGGCGUGUUGUUGAUGCAAAUGAUGCAGGGGUGGAAGGUGUCAAAAUUAUAGUGGAUGGUCAUGACAGAGCAGUCACUGACAAGGAAGGAUUCUACAAGCUCGAUCAGGUAACUUCUAACCAUUAUACAAUUGAAGCUAGAAAGGAGCACUUCAAGUUCAACAAACUGGAGAACUAUAUGGUUCUGCCAAACAUGAUUUCUGUUGCUGAUAUUAAAGCAACUUUAUAUGAUGUCUGUGGUGUCGUACAAACUAUUGGAGAUGGUUACAAGUCCAAGGUAGCAUUGACUCAUGGUCCAGAGAAUGUUAAACCUCAAGUCAAACAAACUGACGAAAGUGGCAAUUUUUGUUUUGAGGUUCCACCUGGUGAAUAUCGCCUAUCUGCUAUGGCAAUUUCUCCAGAAAGUGCCCCUGGACUACUGUUCUCGCCAUCUUAUGUUGAUGUUACAGUCAAAAGCCCCUUACUGAAUGUUCCUUUUUCACAGGCACUAGUCAAUAUACUCGGUUCUGUAACAUGCAAAGAGAGAUGUGGUUCAUCAGUAUCUAUUACCCUCCAGAGAUUGGCUGGUAAUCUUAUUAGUGAGAAGAAGACUAUCGGUUUGACAGAUGAGAGUAACGAUUUUCAAUUUCAAGAUGUCAUCCCUGGAAAAUACAGGAUAGAGGCUUCACACUCAUCCAUUCAAGGCAUGGUUGGUAAAGAUGAUUGGUGCUGGGAGCGAAACUCUAUUGAAGUGGAUGUUGGUAUUGAGGAUGUACAUGGAAUUGAAUUUAUUCAAAAAGGUUACUGGGUUAACGUUAUAGCUACUCAUGAUGUGGAUGCUUAUAUUUCUCAAAUGAAUGGGCCACCUCUGAACUUGAAAAUCAAGAAAGGUUCUCAGUACAUAUGUGUGGAGUCUCCUGGAGUGCACGAAGUUCAGUUUUCCAACUCUUGUAUCUCCUUCGGGAGCUCAUCCACUAAAAUUGAUACAUUAAACCUAGAGCCCAUCUAUUUAAGAGGAGAAAAAUAUCUACUGAAGGGGCAAAUUAAUGUUGAUCCAGUCUCACUUGGUGUAUAUGAAUUACCUGAAAGUAUCCUGUUGAACAUUGUGGGUGCUGGAGACAGUGUGGUUGCUAACACUGAAGCCAAACUUACCUCCGAUGCCAAUGAUCAACCGAAUCCUGUCUUGUACGAGUACUCUGUCUGGGCUAGCUCUGGAGAGGAACUCACCUUUGUUCCUGUGGAUACCAGGAAUCAGGAGAGGAAGAUCUUAUUUUAUCCUAGACAGCACCAUGUCUUGGUGAAAAAUGAUGGAUGUCAAGAUUCUAUUCCUACAUUUUUUGGUCGGUUGGGUUUGUACAUUGAAGGAUCAGUUUCUCCCCCUCUUUCUGGCGUCCAUAUCAGUGUUAUUGCUGCUGGAGAAAGUUAUGUUGCUUCCCUUAAAAACGGGGAGUUGGUACUUGAAACUGCCACUGAUAUUGAUGGCUCAUUUAUUGCGGGACCAUUAUCUGAUGACAUAACUUAUAGAGUUGAGGCUAUGAAGUCUGGCUUUCAUUUGGAGCGUGUUGGACCUUAUUCAUUUUCAUGUCAGAAGCUUGGUCAAAUUUCUGUGAAAAUUCAUGCCAGAGAUAAUAGCGAAGAACCUAUUCCUUCAGUUCUAUUAUCUCUGAGUGGUGAUAAUGGUUAUAGAAAUAAUUCAGUGUCUAGUGCUGGUGGAGUAUUCCUUUUCAAUGAUCUUUUUCCUGGAACUUUCUAUUUGCGUCCACUACUGAAGGAGUAUGCUUUCUCACCAGCUGCUCAGACAAUAGAACUUGAUUCUGGGGAAUCCAGAGAAGUUAGUUUCCAGGCUACCCGUGUGGCUUACAGUGCUAUAGGUAUGGUGACGCUAUUAUCUGGCCAACCAAAAGAAGGUGUUUCAGUUGAAGCCAGGUCAGAAACAAAGGGGUAUUAUGAAGAAACAAAGACAGAUGCAUCCGGAAAUUAUCGGUUGAGGGGACUGCUCCCUGAGACAACUUACACAAUAAAAGUAGUUCAAAGAGAGGAUCAGGGCAGUGCCAGAAUUGAGCGUGCAUCUCCUGGAGCAAUAACCGUUGAGGUUGGAUCAGAGGAUGUCAAGGGAUUGGAUUUUCUGGUCUUUGAACGUCCUGAAUUGACCAUUUUGAGUGGCCAUGUUGAAGGAAAGAAAAUUGAGGGACUAAAGUCAGGUUUGCAAGUGGAAAUCAAGUCAGCGAGUGAGACGUCUAAAGUCGAGUCUGUAUUCCCUCUGCCACUUUCAAACUUUUUUCAGGUAAAGGGCUUACCUAAGGGUAAGUACCUUGUGCAGCUACGAUCAAGUGAACCGUUGGGCACCAUCCAAUUUGAGUCUAGUAUACUUGAGGCUGACUUGGAGGAGAAUACUCAAAUAAACGUGGGCCCACUGAAAUACAAAUUUGAAGAAUACCACCACAAACAGGAUCUGACUGCAGCACCGGUACUCCCUCUCGUUAGUGGAAUCCUCGCAAUUCUCCUUUUUGUCAGCAUUCCAAGACUCAAGGAUUUUUACCACCAAGCCACGGUGGGAACAUCAUCAGCAUCAUCUGGAUUCGCGGUAACUAUAAAGAAAGAAGCACGGAAACCAGUUUUGAGAAAAAAGACAUACUGAGAACCGACCACCUUUCAGCGUUAAGAAUGCAAAAAACUUCCAUUUGGUCAAAUUUCUGAUUAGCUCAAUUGGCAACCUAACCCAACUGGGGGCAGUUUCACGGUAGGCAUACAAUUUAAUUAUGUAAACUUAGAGGUCAAUGUUUGUUAUGAAAUUCUGACGUGUAGAUCAAUUACUGGUCAAAGUUAAGGAGUCCUUGUACACAAUUUUGAUCUCUAGGCUUUAUGCAGUGUUUAUUUGCCUCUAUGUAAGUCAGUAUCAUUCUUCUAGGAAUUAUUCAGGUUUUAGUCAACUCAUUUCCACAUUUGGAAUCUAAUGAGAAAUAGAAAAGACAAUUUGUUUUUAAUAAUGAACCAGUUAACGUGCUUCAACUUUUA